AUGUUCUCCUCGUCCUCCAAACCCUCUCUCUUCUCCUACUGGACGUCCAUGGAUCAGACAGACUCUGAAGUGCUGGACAUUAGCACCAAGGUGCAGCUGCAUGGGGUGCUCUGGAAGAGGCCCUUCGGACGGUCCUCCGCCAAGUGGUCCCGCAGAUUCUUCAUCAUCAAAGACAGUUUCCUGCUCUACUAUGCAGAGAAUGAGAAGAGAAGCUUUGAGACCAACAAACACUUUAACAUCCACCCCAAGGGUGUGAUCCCCUUAGGAGGCUGUGUUGUGGAUCCCAAGGAAGACCAGGGCAUGCCAUUCGCCAUGGUUAUAAAUCAUGACGACUUCACUGGUAACAUUGUCCUGGCUGCAGAGAAUGAGGCAGAACAAAACCAGUGGCUGGAGAUGCUGCAGGAGUCUGGCAGAGUCACCUGGAAGAACGCCCAACUGGGAGAAGCCAUGAUAGAGAGCCUGGAAGCCCAGGGACUGCAGCUGGCCAAGGAGAAGCAGGAGUACCUGGAUAAGCUGAUGGAGGAGACAGAAGAACUGAGCCUGCAGCGAGAACAGAAGGAGCAUCUGGAACGUCUGAACCUGGUUCUGGAGGAGGAGAAGCAGAAGUUUGAGGAGCUGGUGACGGAGCUUAGAGCAGAGCAGGAUCAGAUCAAACUGGACUUGGACGGCACAGCACAGUCUCUGAAAGGUGUGGAGUCUGAAAAAGAGGAGCUGAACAGUUUAACAACACUUCUUCAGAAAUCUAUUGAGGAGCUGUCCCAUGAGAAGCAGCGAACCCUGGAGUUGCUGAGGGAGAAGGAGCUUGAGCAGGGGGCUGAGCAUCCAGAGAAGGACGAGGAGCAGAAGCUGCUGCCUGGUGACACGGGACUGCGAUCGGAGCUGAGACACAUUGAAGAGCAGAUGAGGGAACUGCAGAGAGAGAAGGAGCAGGCUGAGGAGAGGCAAACGGAGAAUGAGCAGCGUGCCACAGUUCUGCAACAGGAAAGAGAGUUCUACUCCUGUCAGUCCAGGACUCUACAGCAGUCCCUCACACAGCUCACUGUGGACAAGAAGCAAACUGAGGUGGAACUCAAGGUGGAGAUUGAGUCUCGUAUGGAGCUGGAGCGGAGGCUGAAGCAGGCUGAAGAGGCUCUACGGAACCUGGAGAAAGGUCUGAGCUCUCUGGAACGUUCCAAAGAGAAGGAUGACAAGAUGAAGGGAGACGUCAACAACCUCAGGAAGUUCUUUGAGGAGUGUAUCUGUGCUGCAGAGAUCGAGGCCAAGCUCCCUUCUAUAAUGAAGAAUGCUGUGUAUCUCCACAAGGCUACAGCACGACGCAUUAAGAGCUGUCGGAUCCAGAGACGCGCCUCCAAACACCACUGGUUGAAACACUCCCAGUCGUUCGUGGUUGCCCGUGGCGACGGCGCCAGCAUGGAGGACCUGAGGGAGACUGCCCGGCGACUGACCUCCGACAGCUGCUUCAGGAAGAGCGUCUACAAGAUCAUCACACGCCACGACCAGGAGGCCUCCGCCAAGAAAGAUGACUGA